AUGAGAAUUAUUGUUUUCUUCAUUUUUUUUUCCCUAAUCAAAUGUGUUAUAUGUGGUAAAAAAAUCCCAAACGUUGCAAAUAAUUCAGGAAUAUAUUUAAGACACCGAAGAAGCAAGAACAUGAUUAGAAUAGCACAGAAAAGUUAUAUGUGUAUGAAUGAUAUAAAUUUAUCGAGAAAAGGAAACAAUAAUGUGAUAACAUGUAGUAGUUUUAGGAAUAAUAUUAUUAUGAAUAAAAAUUACCUCAAAGAAUGCUUUAUUAGGAAUUAUGAAAAAAAAGUGCGUAUACUAAAUUUCAGAUAUUUCAAUAAAUUAUGGGCGAAAAAAAAAGGAGUGGGGAGUACAAAAAAUGGAAGAGAUAGUAACCCCAAAAAUUUAGGGGUAAAAGUAUUAGGAAAUAAUUUUGCUCAUGCUGGUAACAUUAUAGUUAGGCAAAGAGGAAGAACCUUUAAACCUGGUUAUGGGGUCAAGCAAGGAAGAGAUUUUACACUAGUUGCUACUAAACCAGGGAAGGUCCAUUUUUUUAACCGUGUUGUAAGUAUUAUAGAUGUUAGUAACCCGAAGCCAAUGACAUAUAAGGAUGUUUACCAAGAAGACCCAACUAUCUUAACUUUGUCAAGGGUGUGGACUUCACCUAAGUGA